AUGGAUAAACAUAUAAGAAAUGUAUUCAAUUUCGAAUCGAAUGUUCAUAAUGUAACAACAUUAGAUAUAUUCAAAGUAUUUCGCAAUAUUAAUGCUUUUACUGCAGUAUUACAAGAUUAUGCUUCUCAACAUAAACUUACUGAUAUAGAACAAUAUUAUUUUGAUGUUGAAACUGAUCCGCGACGCAAAUUUCUCUACCAAAUCAUAUUAAUUACUAAACCAAUAUUUGAUAAUCUUCAUUGUGAAAGACGUUUACUACCUGAAAUUACUGAUCAUAUUAUUGAUUUAUAUGAAACAAUGGAUUCGAAAUCAUCACGAUUUUUUAAUAAAGGUUUACUCGAUAAAUUCAUAUCAAAUCUUGAUUUUUAA